UUUAUGAUUUGGAAAAAGAGAGCAAUAAUGACUUGGUAGAUAAAACAUUUAAGAUAACGUUAUCUGUGAAGAAUUUUCGAUUGUUGGUCAAACAUGGGGCGACUAUGCUUUCUAUUUAAGUCGAUUUGUUGAAGAUAUUUAAAAAAAAAUCUAUAUCUCUUGUGUUCUGUGUUUCUUUAUUUUCUAUAUUAGAAAAAUCCUUACAUGUUUGUUUUAUAAACAUAAUAUACUUUUUAGCUUCUUGUGGUUGAAAUAAAAAUGGAGUUAAAUACAACACAAUCUAAAUUAUUGGCUAUCGUUGCUUUAGGAGUAGGAAGCAUUUUUGUAGGUUUGUUGCCAGCAUGUUUUGCUCGCAAAUCUAGAAAAAGAUGCCCAUUACUUCUCAGUUCGCUUCUAUGCUUCGGUGGAGGAGUCUUACUCUGCACAUCUCUAGUUCACAUUUUACCAGAAGCUAGAGACAAUUCGAGCACAGCGUUCAAACCCUACACAGAGCUAUUUUUUCUAUGCGGGUUCUUUCUGCUGUAUUUGAUGGACGAAAUUGUGCACUUCAUUUAUGGCGAAGGCGCGCACAGUCAUGGUACAGAAAACCAAGAUACUACUACAGCUGUGGAAAAUCAACUGAGGACAACAAGGGUGGAUCAACCAGAAAGACGUCAUUCUGUGCUUGGCAGAUAUGGAGCAUGCAACCCGAACGAGAGACAUUCUCUUCUUGUUUCAGAGGGACAACAAUAUCCUUACAACCCUAAUUAUAUUAGGACUGCUUAUUCUGACAGCGCUCUAUACAAUGCUGCAGAUGAUCCACCUUCUCAACUAUGUCAUGUUGGUCAUGAGGAACCAUGUCAUUCUACCAUGCCCACUGUUAGUCUCGGAUUGUUAGUGGCUCUUUCCAUACACAGUUUAUUGGAAGGGUUGGUUGUGGGCUUGGAAGGACUGCCCACAAAGGUUCUGCUUCUGCUAGCAGCUGUGGCAUCCCACAAACUAGUGGUCGGUUUCUGUUUAGGUAUGGAGUUGGCAUCCAGUACUUGCACGACUUUUUGCAAGCAUUUUCUCUGUAUACUUGUCUUUGCGUGCUCAUCCAUGGGCGGUAUCGUCCUAGGAAUGGCAAUUGCGGACAAUCCAAACAAACUUGUAAAUACUAUAAUACCUAUUUUGCAGGCUUUGGCAGGUGGGACGUUGUUAUACGUAACUGUGAGUGAAGUGCUACCUAGAGAACGUGCAAGAUGGCACAAACAGCAUUUGAAAAGGAAUGCGGGACUUUUACAGCUUUUUUCGGUACUAUUGGGUUUCAUUUUGAUGACAGUUUUUAGCAAAUAUAUUGACAAAGACUAAUUUAGUAAAUUUAACUUUGAUAUAGAAAACACAUUGUGAUACUUUUUGAAAAAUGUGAUAAUUGUUUUAAGACAGUAAAAAACACUGUAGGUUUACGUUAUGAAAUCGGAGAGAAAAAAGCAAAAAUUGUGUGUGACAAAAAAAUAAUGACAACAGUAUCAAAUUGUUCAAAGUAAUAAACAAGUAUAAUCCUGUAUUUUGAUAAUAAUAAUUAUUAAAUAAAGUCAGAGUAAACUUACAUAACAGAAUA